CGUUUUUCUACAAUUCCUGCCAGUGUCGCUCAACCACUAUCGAUGCUAGUUACCUUCCGCUGCGAUUUGACUCUUUCUAAUAUUCUUACACCCUGAAAGGACCUGAGCAGUUAUGACCAUACUUGAUCACGGUACUGGAUCCAGUCCAUGCAUCUCGGAUGUGGAAACCUUGAAUCACACAUGCGAGAAACCUGGCAGUCCUGAGACCAAAGUCUCACAGACUCACGAAUCUCCUAAUAUCAGUAAUAAUGAGCAUCAAAAAUUCGCUCGACUGAGCAUCCGCCAACGGCUGCGUCAUUUCACCUGGGCCUGGUAUACCUUGACUAUGAGCGCAGGUGGGCUGGCCCUUCUCCUCCGCAACCAGCCGUAUCAAUUCAACGGCCUGAAGGAAAUAGGCCUGGUGGUCUACAUUGCCAAUCUUGUGUUCUUCACAAUCAUCGGCUCCCUUAUGAUUACCAGGUUUAUUCUCUAUAACAACCUGAUGGACUCUCUUCGUCACGACCGAGAGGGCUUCUUCUUCCCCACCUUUUGGCUCUCCAUCGCGACCAUGAUCAGUGGGCUAUCGGCGUACUUUGCUUCAGAGACCACACCCCGUCUAAACUAUGCUCUUGAAGCCCUUUUCUGGGCGUAUUCUAUCUGCACGUUCGCCUCAGCGGCGAUACAAUACUCUUUCGUCUUCUCCUACCACACCUUUCCCUUGCAAACCAUGAUGCCCUCGUGGAUCCUGCCGGCAUUCCCUAUUAUGCUUAGCGGAACAAUUGCCUCCGCUGCCUCCGCCUAUCAACCUGCUGUGUCCGCCACACCUAUGAUCGUCGCUGGCAUCACGUUCCAGGGACUUGGUCUCUGCAUCAGCUUCAUGAUGUACGCCCAUUAUAUUGGGCGUCUGAUGGAGACAGGCAUUCCGUCGAGCGAGCACCGGCCUGGUAUGUUCAUCUGCGUGGGUCCGCCCGCCUUCACUUGUCUCGCUCUCAUCGGCAUGGCCAACGGACUACCCGAGGGCUUCAGCCUCUUAGGAGAUGCUGGCAUGGAUGACCGUCACGUUCUGCGAGUGCUCGCUAUUAGCGCGGGUAUCUUCCUCUGGGCUUUGAGUGUCUGGUUUUUCUGCAUCGCUGUGGGAUCUGUCGCCCGCGCGCCGCCCCACGAUUUCCACCUCAACUGGUGGGCUAUGGUCUUCCCUAACACGGGCCUUACCCUUGCCACCAUCACCUUAGCCAAGUCGCUGAACAGCGACGCCUUCAAGUGGGUGGGCACGGGGAUGUCUCUCUGCGUUAUUUCCAUGUUCAUCUUUGUCUUUGUGAGCACUAUUCGGGCCGUCCUCAAGAAAAGCAUCGUCUGGCCCGGUCGGGACGAGGACGUGUCCGAAUUAUUUGAAUGAGUGCCCAUUUAGGGGCGUGGAGUGGUGGCUUUCUGCGUUUCUCGAAAUUGGCCCGUUUGAAGCGAGUAUAUGUAUAUACAGUGUUGAGCGCCCGUACUUUAUGCAUAUAUGCCUUUCAGGUUCGAUCUUUUUCUCUCAGUUUGUUCCCUACUCAUUGUUGCAGUUCCAAUCAGU